AUAGCUUCACCCCUGUAACAUACAGCCAAUUAUCAAGUGUGGAGGAGAAUAUCUGAACACAGGAGAGAUGGGGAGAGUCAGAGGGGAGGGUGUCCUUGUCUGAGAGUUUGCAGAUGCAAAGAUUAUUUAAAGCACCAACAUUUCUGUGGUGUCACCCAUCUUCCUGACAGAUCCUAAAGCAUGCUGCAUUCUAACAGUAGGAAAUUCUCACCCACCACUGAAAUGUAGCCAAGACAGGGAUGGAAUAUGGCAGCUGUCCUUUGCCAGUACUGCUAUAGUGUCAUGUGACUUUUCCCUUUGGAACUGCCAGGGGGAUCUAGAGAGGCAGAAAGAGAUCAAGAUUUGGCCAGGACACUGACUGAGCAGGAAACAGACAUAUCCCAGAAUGCUCACUGUCAGGAUCACAAAACUCUAAUGUAAAAAUAUUUUCACUGAUCAAUGUGAAGCAGCAACAGGCUUUGUGUAGAGGGAGAGGGGUCUAAGUCACACAUUUUGCAUCAGAAUGUCUAACCACCACAAUUCCGACGUGUGCAGAUCUGGGCUUGGAAUUUUAUCCAUAAUGGAAUGAGAAGCAGUUGCACACUUCAGAUCCACAUCUGGACCCUGCUUUACUACCUCUCAUAUUUGCACUGCCUCAUGAUCAUCAGUUCUGCUCCCUUUUGUGGUUUUACAGAGCUCCGCCUGCUAAAGGCACACAGAACUUUGUUCAAUGGAAAUGAUCACUCUGGCUUGUCUUUGCUGCAGACGCAAUGUGGAGGGCAUUGUGUGUCUUCCUUGGCUUCCAGCUGCUGGCAGAUCUUUGCAGUGGGGUGACAGUGACACAGAAGGAGAAGUUUAUAGCCAUCCAGAAUGGGAGCAAGGGAAGUAUCCCAUGUGAACAUGAUGACAGCUCUUACAGUACUGUCCUGUGGUAUCAGCAGAAGGCUACAGAAAGGCAGCUGCAGUUAGUAGCCAUCUCCGUAGGUGUGGAUUCAUCAGACAUGGAAAAAGAGUUCAAAAACAGAUACAGUGUGACACGGCUGGCAACGCUGAACUCCUCCCUGACAAUCAACCCGGGGAUGGUUGAAGACACUGCAGUGUAUUUCUGUGCAGCUAGUAAAGCACAGUGA